AAUAAAUUUGGUUUUUUGCAUUCCAAAACGUAACGUAACGUGAGAAACACGCGCCCAUCUCUAGCAACCAAAAAGAACCAGUUCAUAUUGAAAUUGCGUUCGAGUGGCCCUAACUUUCACAAUUCAAUAAAAUAGAAAAAAAAAAAACCAAAAUAUUUUCAGACGCAAAAACAAUUUCAAUAUGAGUUUCUUAAAUUACAUAUUCGGGCCCAAGUUGUACAUGGAGUACAGAGGUGUGCACGAGCCACAGCGGAAAAUGUAUGAGCCCGGCCCAGCUGAAAAGUUUGGUGAACAAAUCUUGUCGACGCUGUCGGUCGUGUGGUCUGUCAGCUAUUACACGUCACCGCUGAUCUUCACAUUCCUCUAUAGACGCGGCUACUUUGUGGCCGAUUCGAUGCCGACGCUGGCCAAGCUCACAACCAGCGUGGGCCUGAUAGUCAUCAUAUCGCUGUUUAUGCGCGGCGUUGGUCGCCGUCAAUCGCGCGCCUAUACGAGCAUGAUAAAUGCGCUGACGGUGGCGAAAGUCAACCGAUCCUCGGAUGCACUGCGUCGCUUCGACAUUGACUUCUCGGCCUGGCCGGUGGACUUCGAUGUGAAAGCCUUGGCGGGCGAUGCCAAGAAGCCAACCACCAUGGCCAUUCGACGCGACAGCUUGAGCAUUGCCACACUGCCCUGCGAGCUGAUCGCCUAUGUGGCCAUACACACCUUUGGCCUGUCCAUGAUCUAUCCCGGCUCCGUCAAGCUGCUGCAAAAAUUCAUGAGACCCGCCUUGAUCGCGGGACGUGCCAAACUUAUUGAGGAGGACAAUGGCAUACGCUAUAAGGUGAAAACAAUUGAUUCCAACGAAAUCGAUACGCUUUUCAUUGACAAUCGCAACGACAAUGUCGGCAACGGCAAGACGCUUGUCAUCUGCUCCGAGGGCAAUGCCGGCUUCUAUGAGGUGGGCAUAAUGGCCACACCGAUUGCAUUGAAAUACUCGGUACUGGGCUGGAAUCAUCCGGGCUUUGCCGGCAGCACGGGUCAGCCGCAGCCGGAACAGGAUAAAAAUGCCAUCGAUGCGGUUGUUCGAUUUGCCAUCAAUCAUCUGGGCUUUGCCGUCGAGGAUGUUAUCCUGUAUGGCUGGAGCAUUGGCGGCUAUAGCACCCUGUGGGCCGCCUCCAUAUAUCCCGAUGUUAAGGGAGUGGUUUUGGACGCCACCUUCGACGAUGUGCUCUACUUGGCCCAGCCGCGCAUGCCCGCCAGCCUGGGCGGCAUUGUUCGCGUUGCCAUACGGAAAUAUUGUAAUCUGAAUAAUGCCGAACUGGCUGAGAAAUACAAUGGACCAUUACUCUUAAUACGCCGCACAGAGGACGAGAUUAUUGCCGAGGACAAUCGCAUUGAUACAAAUCGAGGCAACUAUCUGGCGCUGUCGGUGCUCAAGUAUCGUUAUCCCAACUUGUUUGGCUCCACACAGUUGUCGCUGUCCAAGGGUUUGCUCUCGAAGCAAUUGGAAUCUUAUAGCUACACCGUUGCCGAGGAGAAGCUGUGCAUGUCACGCCUGAUAACAUAUGCCUCGGAUGAGGGCAAAUCAUUUCCCAUGCUCAUUGGAGCCGAUUACAAUGAUGAGAUGCGCAACCAAAUGGCUGUGUUUUUGUUGCGCAAGCAUUUACGCGAUUACAACUCGUCGCAUUGCACACAGUUGCCGGGCGAGUUCUUUAGCAUUCCCUGGGAUAUACCCAUCGAACAUGGAUUCGUAUUUACUUAAGGCCCCUCAAUAUAUAUGAUUGGGUUGGCAGUCACAAAAAAUGGUAUU